ACCUCUUCAAAUGGCCAUGCCUCAGCCAAAUAUAAUAGAAAACCCUAUAAAACUUACCAAAUUCAGGAAUAUUAAUGUUCCUCAAAAAGGAAAUAGGUUAUCUUUUUGGGCUUUUGUAUUUUCAAUUAUCAUUUAUGCUUCCAUCUUUUAUAUCUUCAACCUCUCCCCAUAUACUCUUGUUAGCACCACCAACUUCUGGUUCUUCAUCUCCAACACCCUCAUUCUCAUCAUUGCCGCUGAUUUUAAUUUUGGCUCUUUCUCUUCUUCAUCUAGUGAUCAAGAAUAUUCAUUUCAAGAAUACUUGAUAUAUUGUCAAGAAAAGAGUACUAUUUGUACUUCAUCAUUUAAAUAUUCUCCGUAUACUAUUGAAAAAAAGGAGAUUAUUACUCCUCAUGAAGAGGUCAUUAUGACAAAAGAAGAAGAAGAAGAAGAAGAAAUAAAAGAUGUGGUUCUUGUCGAAAAUAACAAACAAGAAGAAGAAAUAAUCAACGUUAUUGACCAUAUAUAUGAAGUUGAUCAUAAAAAAGAUGAGAAGAAGAAGAAAAGUAGUGAAGCCAAAUGUACUCGGAGUAACUCAGACUUAAAAGCAAUAAUAAAGGCGGAGACAAAUGAGAAUGAGAACAACGUAAAUGGGAUUCAAAGGUCAAAAUCUGGGAGAUAUGAUAUAGUAGUAAAUGGAGAUGAAGAAAUUAAUGAUGAGCUCUCAGAUAUGUCAGUGGAAGAGUUAAAUAGGAGAGUGGAGGAGUUUAUUCAAAGAUUUAAUAGGCAGAUUAGACUUCAAGCUAUUGCUAGAAACCGUCAAACUUAGGCGAAAUCUAUAAGUAUUACUCCUAUAU